AACAAAACCACGCCCGCAUCCCCGUUCAACAGCUCCAGCACUUUCGUUUUUCUCUCCCACAGUCUCCCUAUAAUCACAAUGGCUACGCACAAUAUCGUCGUUUUCGGAGGUGACCACUGUGGUCCAGAUGUUGUCGCCGAAGGAAUUAAGAUCCUCAAGGUAGUUGAGGCAGUUCGCCCAAGCGUCGGCCACUUCAACUUCCAGGAGCACCUCCUCGGCGGCUGCUCCAUCGACGCCCACGGCACCGCCCUCACAGCCGAAGCCCUCUCCGCCGCCAAAGCCGCCGACGCCGUCCUCCUCGGCGCCAUCGGCGGUCCCAAAUGGGGCACCGGAACCGUCCGCCCCGAGCAAGGUAUCCUCCAACUCCGCAAGGAGAUGCAAACCUACGGCAACCUUCGCCCCUGCAACUUCGCCUCCGACUCGCUCGUCGAGAUCUCCCCUCUCAAGGCUGAGGUCUGCCGUGGCACCGACUUCAACAUCAUCCGUGAGCUGACGGGUGGUCUCUACUUUGGGGAGAGGAAGGAGGAUACUGGUGAUGGAGUUGCGUGGGAUACUGAACUCUACUCUCGCGCGGAGGUUGAGCGUGUUACCCGCCUCGCGGGACACUUGGCUAUGCAGUCCAACCCCCCCUUGCCGGUGUGGUCGCUCGACAAGGCGAAUGUUCUCGCCUCGUCGCGGUUGUGGCGUAAGGUUGUGACGGAGGUGAUGGAGAAGGAGUUCCCGCAGCUCAAGCUCGGACACCACCUCAUCGACUCGGCAGCUAUGUUGAUGGUUAAGAACCCGCGCGCGCUCAACGGUAUCGUCGUCACCAGCAACCUCUUCGGUGACAUCAUCUCCGACGAGGCGUCCGUUAUUCCCGGUUCCAUCGGUCUUCUCCCUUCUGCGUCGUUGAGCGGUAUCCCAGAUGGCUCGCGCUGCAAUGGUAUCUACGAGCCUAUUCACGGGUCCGCACCCGACAUCUCUGGAAAGGGCAUCGUAAACCCAAUCGGCACGAUCCUCUCCGUCGCCCUCAUGCUCCUCUACUCCCUCAACCUCCCCGCCGAGGCGCGCGCCAUCGAGGAGGCCGUCCGCCGCACCAUCGACGCCGGCGUCCGCACGAAGGACAUUGGUGGCUCGAACAGCACCACCGAGGUCGGAGAUGCCGUCGCAAAGGAGCUCGAGAAGGUGUUGAAGGAGUCGGCUUGAAGGGAUGAAAAAAGGAGCGUGGCGUGUUGAUACGAAAGAGCGGGGUAGAACGGUAGUAGACUAGAUCGAAGAUUUUAAAAAGCGACGCUGGAAUUCGGAUGCUUAUAGUUUUUGAGAUUCUAUCUCUCGGCGAUUGCUCUAGAUGGGGGUGAAAAGGACUUGCUGUUUUUGUUGCUACCAAUCGUUUAAUUAGUGGGCGCCUGUUAUCUCCAAUGAAUCAAUGAAUCGAUGCUAUUGUUCAGUCUAGAAAAGCCUUUGGUCAAUCCCC